CUCCUUGCGCCUGCAUUCAUUGUGAACUGGUGUCAACGGUGAGCGGUCGCAAGUUUUCAUUAGGUUGUGGACGAAGAGAAACCUUCAGCACCUAGGAGGCUAACUUUCCCGCUUACCAACAUGCGCUCCACGAUUCAACUAUUCGCCGCCCAGAGCGUGAUGGAAGACCAUCGUGCCAACGCUAACAGUGCGGGCUACGGUGACGAGCGAAACCAAGAUUGUAGUUCGUCCGAUAGUAGCAGCCCUGUAUCUCCGGACUCCAGGCAGCUGGAUGCAAGCGCUGACAGGCGCCGUGGACAUCCCAAAUCCACUUCGGAAACACUGAAGAAGUGGAUUGACUGUCAUCGCGACAAUCCCUACCCGAACGACGACGAGAAGAACGAGCUUUGCCGAGAGACUCAACUGACGAGAAUCCAGCUGAACAAUUGGUUCAUCAACGCACGGCGUCGCUAUCUACCGGGAAAGGCAGAACAUGAUACUGGACUUGCCUUCUCCCCUGUCAAGAGUAAGCCGUCAGCACGCUCCGUGUUGCGCAGACCCAAGAGUCCUCAGCCGAGCCGAAAGAGAAGUCCUACAGAAGAGAUCGAUUCCAUGGCUACAGUGGAACCUACUUGCAUUCCGGAAAGUGUCCCGUCACCAAUUUGCUCCGACUGUGAUGAUUCAAGCUCCAGCUCAGAUUCUGACAGUUCUGAGUCCCAGGACCCUUCACCUAUGGCUAUGGAUCACUCUUUCGAGCGACCUUCUCUCCGUGCUCCGAAAAUGUUUGCUGCCCUGCUGGAAGUGGUAGAUCGCGAGUGGUGUGCAAUUUACCAGGGCGAUGAGGAGAGGAUGGAGACCUGACUUUCCCUGACCUCACCUUCUUUGUGUCUCUAAUAGGCUUUUAUCUAUUCUAGGAUCCUGUUUAUCACGAAACUCUUUUAUCAUCUCCCUGCGGGUAGGAUAGGUACUCUUUGAAUUAUAAUCCAAGUGUAGUGCUAAUGGAUAGUAUGGUUAUGGCUUCCUUGUUCCUCCGUAUAAUACCAUCUCUGCUUUGUGGGAUGUGAAAACGAAUUAGUCCUCUUCCACCAUUCUCCUUAUAAUUAUAAUAUUAGUCUCCCAGUCAGAAUCAAGACUGUCUGGUGCCAGUGGCAUAGCUAAAACCUGCUGGCUGAUGAUCCUCUUUUUCCCAUCCUUAUUCAAUUCAGCACAUAUCUUAUCUGAUGCUUAGCAAAUAUGGAACUUGAGUAGGGUGUCUUCCUCAUUAUCUCUUUCUCUUGUUGACCACGCUCAUUAUGGCAUUGGCGUUGAACUCUCAUCGACCUCUUUAUCCGACCUAUACUAUUGUGGCUUUCUCUUUUCCAAA